GCAGCAGCUUGCUGUUCUUUGUGACACCCAGUCAGGAAAAAAGUCCUGGGGAAAGUCUGAGGUUUUCCAUUUCUUCUUGUGCUACAGGAGGAAAGGUUAGGACCAGAGCAGCUCCAUUCAGCGGAAUAACAUCUCUUUUAUGCACAUCUGUCUCACUGGGCGGUAUUUAAAAAUGCAGAGACUCUGGCAAUUAUGAUUUACUGGCAGACAGCUCAGUCAUUUGAGUGCACAAGGAGAGAAAAAGAGCCUCCUCACUGAGAAAAGCAUUAAUGUGAAUGUUCUCCCCAGCAGCAGAGGGAAAUACACAUUGGAGUUUCAUGCAUGGCUGCAAGGAACAUGGACGGCCACUCCAGAUUUAAUCAGGGAAAUAACACCGUGCGAAUCAGUCUGUAGAGAAGAAGAUAUUCAAUGUACUUGGCAAUGGGUAUGAAGCUGAGAUGGACAAGCUACAGUCAGUGCUUUGACACAAAUACCCGGCAGCAGUACAACGGUACCAUAACAGCAAUUGUACUACUCUGCUGAAAACAUAAAGUCGGACAUGCCGAAUAAGUAUGACUAUGAGAGAGGAAGCAUUUUUACCUCCUCGCUGAAGAUGCACAGGCAGAACAGCACCGGCAAGAAAAAUAAGAAAAUCAAGAACUUUCGCUCUCUGUCAAAAUCUCUGAUUCUCUGCAAUGCCAAAAACAGUGAUGAUGGGUCAAGCCUGGAAGAAAAAUACACUGAGAUUACAGACACGCCGCAUUCCCUGGUACGGGAUUCUGACUCACUGACAGCUGAUACUUCACAAAUUGGCAGCAUGAUCCCUGACCCUAUGAUCAGAAAAAUCAUUGUGUCCAAAGCGGCAUCAGCUGAUCCAACGCCAAGCAAACCCUCUCUUGUGGAAGCAAAUUACUUUCUUGAAUAUCAAACUGGACUCGAAAAUCCUUGUCCUCUGAAAAUGAAGGCUAGAUGUACCAGGACAAGAAGCAAUUCAACAAGUGUCAAUCCUUACUGGAUUGGUGACAUUGAUCCUCCACUAACCAAGAGACCAACACACUGCAGAGAGAGACACUCAGCAAACCUCUACAGCAACAGGAAAUCCAUGUCUCAACAGCUAGACUGCUUAUCAGGUGGAGUGCAGAGUGUUUCCCGACCAUCAAGAUCUCUCAGUACAGCACAGCUAAUAAGCACAAGAAGCCCUCAAGCAUCUAUGAUUUCGAACAUCAUCUUAAUGAAAGGACAGGGCAAGGGUUUGGGAUUUAGUAUUGUUGGAGGAAAGGACAGUAUUUAUGGACCAGUUGGCAUCUAUGUCAAGACAAUUUUUCCAGAAGGAGCAGCAGCGGCUGAUGGCAGAUUACAAGAAGGGGAUGAAAUUCUGGAACUCAAUGGGGAGUCCAUGUAUGGGCUAACACAUAAUGAUGCUCUUCAAAAGUUUAAGCAAGUGAAGAAAGGGGUGCUCACUUUGACAGUUCGCACAGGACUUGGCACGCUAGAGGAAAAGCCUGGUUACUUUGCCUCCCAGAUGUUUCGCUCCAAAAGCUCCAGUUGUUGUGUAGCAAGAGAGCCCAGCCCCUUACAGUCAGAAAGCCACACAUUCUUACUGAACUCCCACAAUCCCAAUGACAGAGUGCUGAUGGAAGUGACAAUGCACAAAGAGUCAGGUGUUGGUUUGGGGAUAGGACUGUGCAGUGUUCCAAACUGUGGGGGCAUUUUCAGCAUAUUCAUUCAUUUACUCUCUCCCGGCUCUGUGGCGCAUAUGGAUGGAAGACUUAGGGCUGGUGAUGAGAUUGUAGAGAUUAAUGAGAGUGUUGUCGGUAAUAAGUCUCUAAAUGAGGUAUAUGCACUUUUAAGCCACUGCCCACCUGGUCCUGUGACUAUCCUUAUUAGCAGGCAUCCGGACCCACAGAUCUCUGAACAGCAGCUAAAAAAUGCUGUUUCACAAGCUGUGGAAAAUAGCAGAUGUGAAAAGGAUCCUCACCCGUGGAGCUAUGAAGGUGAGAGAAAGUUGUUUUUUUGCUGUCAUGGCAAAUACCAGUGUGAAAGCUGCAUAGGGAGGCAUGCAUCUUAUCUGUAUAACAGUCGUAGAGAGCAGAAGCAAAUGGUCCGCUCCAGCAGUGAAGGAAACUAUGGGCCUACAUCUCUAGGAUCCCAGUCACACGUUGUGGCAAGUAGGGUGCAUAGUGCCAAUGUACCUCUUGGAACAGAGCCUGCUUUACUGCAUUAUUCUACUCCAGUGCGAGUGGAAAACCAUUCCCCUUUUAACCCUGAAGGACUAAGUGGAUCUCAGGCAUCUUUCAAGAAAUCCAAUGGCCAUUCUGGAGAAAUCCUUGUAAAAAAAUUAACAACAAAACCAAUACCACCACCUAGAAAGUAUUAUAAAGAAGACUCAAGGGAGGAUGUAAAUCACAAUCAAGAGAAUGGACAAUCUGUGGAUGAAACAGGAAACUUACAGCUAAAGGGAAACCAGCAAAUUACAGGCGAGAGCAUAUUAGACACAUCUUCAUCGACCAGCGAGUGCUCAUACACAAGUGCUGCAGAGCCAGAUAAGCACUCCGACACAGGAAAUCCUGUAUCAAACCACCGACCGCUGCUAAGAAGACAAGCACGUGUUGACUACAGCUUUGACACAACAAGUGAAGAUCCGUGGGUCAGAAUUUCUGACUGCAUCAAAAACUUGUUCAGUCCCCUCAUAAACGAAGGCCACAACCUAAUGGAUCUAGAAAGUAGUAUCAGUGCAGCAGGUGGCAAUACAGAGAGACUCAGAAGAGAUUCUCCAUGUGAGGACUCUCAGAUGUGCAGCCCUCAGGAUACCUUCAAAAAGGGUCCACCAGUUGCUCCCAAGCCAGCCUGGUAUCGGCAGAGUCUGAAGGGGUAUAAGAAUGUAGAUAAAAAGCCAACUGAGAGCACAUCUCUAGCUAAAUACAAAGAGAUUCAAAACAACAUUAAACCACAAACUUCAAGUCGAACAUCAUCAAUUAAACAAAAGAUAAAUUCCUUUGAAACAUUUAGCACACCAUCGCCAGCUGGGAAAAUAAGCGACAGGGGGAAUGUUACAUCUUCAGCACCAAAUGACAAGCCCUUUAACAAACAAGAAGUAGAAAGUGUAACAGUCUGUUUGAACAAUGUUACCAUGAGCACAGCUGAAAUUCAGGUUCCUGAAGUUAUACAGCCCCAUGUGGCUAUUCCAAAGUCUCCUGAAAAAGAAGAACCAGAACUGUCUCAGUCACCACAAAAAUCCAGUUUCCAGGGCAUGCGAAGGAGCAGCAGUACUAGUAACGAACCCCAGUUUCUCUCUUCCGAGUUCAAUGAACCGAUUCCAUACAAGACACCGAGCCAAAGAUCUAGGAGCUUCCCGUUGAGUGCCUCCACACCCUCUGAUGCACUGAAGAUAAAUGAAAACUGUAGCAAGAUCUAUUCCAUCAGCAACCAGGUCUCCUCUGCUUUGAUGAAGUCCUUGCUGUGCUUCCCUCAGUCUCCGCAGUUACAAGUCACUGAUCCCUGGCCGAAUGAAUCUCACCCUGAGGAUGAGGUCCCAUCCAGCCCAAAGACUGAAAGCCAUAAUUUGGACAGUGGAUUUUCUGUGAACUUGUCUGAAUUAAGAGAGUAUGGUGCUGGACAACCAGAAAAGGAAAAGGAGGAGGAUGUCCCUGAACAGUCACUUUCCUUGCCUUCAGUGCCUACUGGCCAGUCUGUCAUUUCUCUGCUUCCUAGGGAAGAAUUAACCCAACUGAUAGAGGAAGUCAAAGAGCUAGAUGAAGAAACUCUGAAGCAAUUUGAUGACAUCCAUGUUGUAGUGUUGCAUAAGGAAGAGGGCACUGGCCUUGGAUUUAGUCUGGCGGGAGGACUUGAUUUGGAGAACAAAGCUAUUACCGUGCACAGGGUUUUCCCCACUGGGCUGACUGCUCAAGAAGGAACCAUCCAGAAAGGAGAUAAAGUUCUGUCUAUCAAUGGAAAAUCAUUGAAGGGAGUUACACACAAUGAUGCUCUUGCCAUUUUGCGCCAGGCACGCCACCCUAGACAAGCUGUUAUUGUCAUAAAGAAAGAGAAGGAUGGAGAGCAAACAUCGGAAUCACUAGACUUGGCAUUCUCUGCUUUAACUGAUGAUUCAACAGCAACAAAUUGUGAUGACACUGGGGAUAUCAUCGUCGUUACUCUUGAAAAAUCCUUGGCUGGACUUGGCUUUAGCUUGGAUGGUGGAAAAGGCUCUGUACAGGGCGACAGACCUGUCAUCAUUAACAGGAUUUUUAAAGGUGUCUCAGAAAAGAAUAAUGCAGUGCAGUCUGGGGAUGAACUACUGCAGCUGGGAAACAUCAGUCUGCAAGGUCUAACACGAUUUGAAGCAUGGAAUGCCAUUAAGUCUUUACCAAAUGGGCUCGUCCAAGCUGUUAUUAAAAGAAAAUGCACUGACUCCACUGUCAGCCAAUAGAGCAAUAUAAUAAUGGAGGAUACUUGAGUCUCAUAACUAGCAGUCAGUUUUAACAAUUUAGCAGAGCUUUAACACAUCUUGGUCUGGAUAGGAGCAGAUUCCUUUAUAAAAUUCCAAUUGAUCCUUUCUACAGAUUCAUGUCACAUAUCUACUUUAAUAUAAUGUGGCUUUGCCAUCUUAUGGCUAAUUCUAAUCAAGGCUCAAAAAAGUACUCCAUGGAAAAGCAAAGCUUCUUUGUACUACUAAAGCAGCAAUCUUCAACCAGUGUGCUUUCGAGCAACUUGCUUGCCAAACCCUUGAAUGUUUCUCCCAGUGACCUUAAAACAGGUGCUUAUUUUUUCAUUCCUGGCUUGGAGGCAUAUUUUGGUUGGAUAAAAACCAGACGUACUACAAAACAGAGCCUACUAUAGGCUACCAAAUAGCCAAUCACAGUCCUUAUCACAUUUAAAUGUGGCUCAUUGGGAAAAAAAGUGUGGGGACCCCUGCAGGGAAUAUUUGUGUUGUGCAUAUGUAAUGGAAGAAGUAAGUGCCUGAAUGUGCAAAGUGGUCAGCAUGCUUCUGGGCAAGACUGGUACUCUUGCACAGAGUGUUGGGUUGUCUUGUUAUGGAUACGCACAGAUUCACACAGAAAUAGACACACAUACAGGAAUAAUCUUAAACUGGCAUACGCAAUACAUCAAUGUAAAUCAAUUCUGAUUAUUUUUCUGCAUUUACAUGCUUCUGUAAUUUGUAGGCCAAACAAAUUCUAUGUAGAAAUUACAGGAUGAAUAAUUUAUAUAACAUUACUGAACUACUUAUUAACAUGUCUGGCCAUUUAACUUCCAAAACAUCUGGUUAAUAUCAAUAAUUAUUAUAUCAUUAAUAAUCAAUAAUCAACACCUUAAACACUUGUGGCCUAACCUGACAAAUCCUAAUGAAUUUGGUAAAUUACAACUCUUAAUAACCUUUGAGCCCCAGGAUGCCAGUGACUGCUAGUGGGAUGAGGGGAGUUGUGGUUUGACAUGUAGAGGUUUUGAAUGUUGGACGUCCUGCUAAACAGGGUUUUUCAUAAUAGUAGAAAUUGUGGCAGUUUUCAUCUAACCCAAACUGACUGCUUUUACACCCCUCAGCGUGUCUAUUGCCUCACUCUCAGAUUAGGGAUUGGCAAUCUGUUGUUUCACUGUUGGUGAGGUAAAGCUACUAGCACUUGUAUCAUUCUUGACAUUGAUACAGAGCAAUGUGAUCAAGUAACUCCUCUAAUGCCUACAGGAUAGGCACACUAAUGGAAGGCAUUCUCACCUUCAAGAUGUUUUUAGGGAUGAAAACUGGAUAAUAAACAUGGCCAUGGCAACCAUGGGCCAUGACCUUCCUGGUAUUCUUGCUAAUUUAAUUAUACUCUGAAAGGUCCUAUUGACGUCAAUAAGCCUUUGGUUAUAUGGAAAUUUAAGGUACAUUGCACUAGGCUGGCCCAGUCAUACAUACAUACAUACAUACAUAACAGUAAUUAAUAUUUCAUUGUGGAAAUUAGGCUUAUGGCACACAUGGCAUAUUCUCUGUUGCCACUUUUUCAGCUGGUGAUGAGGCUCCCAAACCAUAUUGGAAUCCCCUGUCACUGCUGGAGACAAGAGGAUUUUGGCCAGGGAACAAGCUGACAGGCUGCAUAGUUCAGGUUCAGGUGUUUGCUGAAAAAUGCCAGUGAAGAACACACCAAUUGUGCCAUGAGCCCAAGGAAAUUGCUUGAUUUACCUUCUAUACAAACCAUCCUAAACUAUGCAAUACUUGUUUUCUUGGCAUUCUUGUAUAUAUCUUUAUUUUUGCUUGUGUGCGACAAGUGUAAAUAGCUAUUUUUUUAAUGCUAAUAAAAUAAUUUUUGAUGCA